AUGGCGUCCCGCUUGGCCAGAACUACUCUCGUCGAUGGGUUCGAGUGCGAUGAUGCAGUUUUGCUCACAAAGGUAUCGUCGCUUUUCGCAGGGGCUGCCCGCCUCCGGCCCUCAGCCGCCUUUGCCCAGCGCACCGCGCUCCCGGCCUUGACUUCGCUCACGACCGCCCGCGCCUCGUCCAACGUGCCGACUCAGGACCCCAAGACCAAGGCACAGUCGCUCAUCGACUCGCUGCCCGGCAACUCGCUGGUCUCCAAGACGGCCAUCCUGUCGUCGGCCGCCGGUCUUUCCAUCUUUGCCAUCUCCAACGAGUUCUACGUCGUCAAUGAGGAGACCGUCGUCGCCUUCUGCCUCCUCAGCGUCUGGGGUGCGCUCAUCAAGUUCGGUGGUCCCAUGUACAGCCAGUGGGCCGACAGCCAGUCCAACAAGAUCAAGGACAUCCUGAACGCCGCCCGUGCGGACCACACCCAGGCUGUCAAGAACCGCAUCGAGAACGUCCAGCAGAUGUCUGGUGUUAUCGACAUCACCAAGUCGCUGUUUGCCGUCUCCAAGGAGACCGCCAAGCUCGAGGCCGAGGCUUUCGAACUCGAGCAGAAGACCGCUCUGGCUGCUGAGGCCAAGACCGUUCUGGACUCAUGGGUCCGCUACGAGAGCCAGAUCAAGCAGCGCCAGCAGAAGGAGCUUGCCGAGAGCAUCAUCGCCAAGGUCCAGAAGGAGCUCGAGAACCCCAAGGUUCUCCAGCAGAUCCUCCAGCAGAGCAUUGCUGACGUUGAGAAGAUUGUCUCGUCCAAGGCGCAAUAG